AUGGCAUUAAUUACUAAAAGCAUGAGUACAACAGUCAUUGCUACAAUGCAAUUACAAUGUUUAAACAGGCCGCUUUUUUCAUUAAUUAACUUGUUUAAUAAACCAAGUCAUUUAGACUUCAAUUGCUCUACGAGAGAUGUUUAUGAUUGUGACAUUGAAAAGAAAAUGAUAUCUUUUGAAUAUGAUCAAUUGCCAUGCCCUUUGGCUCACCAUCCAAAAUAUGCUGCCGAUUUGCCCAGUGAUAACAUUAGAAUGGGCUUUCCUACCGUACCAAUGGUCCCAAGUGGUAUAUUCAGAUGGACUAAACAAAAGGUCCUAGGUAAUAACGCUUCAAAAGAUGCCAUUUAUAAGAAUCCAGAAUACUUCUCUUACCAUCAGAUGAGCUACUAUGACAUGCAGCUACAUAUGAGAAAAAUGAUGCGUCCAAAGAAGCUGGUGGCUCUUAAGUCUUUGGCUAUUGGCGUAUUUAUGGGUCCUAAUGAUUGUGAUGAACCACUAUGCUUUAUUUCAAGUUGUUGUGGUGACGAUAAAAAACCACCUCCUUUACUAGGCUGCGAUAACCCUAGCGAUCCCACUAUGUAUGAUACUCGAAAAUAUGGCCACCAAUUACCUAACGAUGAUGUUGUUCCUCUGUUUGAAGUUUUAAGAGAUAUUCCUAGUGGAGUCUUCAGAUGUACGGAAGGGGAAAUAUUAGGCCUUGGUGCUGGAAAAGGCUGCUUCUAUCAGAAUCCAGAAUAUUUCUCCUUCCACCACAUGAGUUUCUUUGAUUUUCACCUUUAUUUAAAAAAUGUAAGACAAUCGCAACCGGACAGUAAGAGGAAACCUCCGUAA